AUGUCCUCAUCUCCACUGACCACUGCGCUCCCUGCGUUACCGAUCCUCUCAUUCCUACUUGUAUCCUUCCUGCUUGUAUUUCUACUCCUCCUGCUCUUCCGCCCCCAGAACCGACAAAUUCGGAGUGUUUCGCUCGUGGCGCUCAUCGUCUGGCUUUUCCUCUCCACUCUAAUUUAUGGGGUCGACGCUCUUGUGUGGAGGGACUCUUCCGAUGUGACGAGAGCGCCAAUUUGGUGCGACAUCACGACAAAGCUCACUCUCGGCGCAUUAGCAGGCAUUCCUGGCGCGCUCGUUGGCCUCGCACGUGCUCUUGAGCUACUUGCCUCCCGAAGAACCUUCCAUCCUGAUGUCUCUGGCCGCGGGAUAUCAAGGUUUGCCGAUAUUGUGUGCUGCGUAAUUUUCCCCGUGGUCUACAUGCUGCUGCACUUCGCCGUUCAAGACCACCGAUUCGACCUUGUUCCCUCCUUGGGAUGCUUCCCCUCAAUGCGUCUUGCUUCGUCUGCUACGACGACUAUGCUUGUACCACCACUGGUCAUUGGUGCAGUAGCACUGGGCUUCUGUCUUGUCGCCUCCGUUCAUGCCAUUCUCCUAUUUUUGCGAACUCAAUCCGCGCUUUCGACCCACCUCGAAGCCAGGAUGGGCUACACUUACCCGGCCACAUUAUUCAGCCUCCGCCUCUGCUUCACCACUCUGCUCUCGUUUGCCGCAAUCGCGCUCAUCUGUCUCACAUAUGUGCCCGCAAUCGCCUCGCUGUCAUCCUUUGAGCACCGCUUCUCACACUCCGCCAGUAACACCAGCGGCACUAGUGGAUUCGGCGUCUUCGGUGACCCCAAUAGCACCGGCACCCCAUUGUUACAAUGGGACUGGUCUUUGUCGCAUGUUCCUGUGCUUUCUGACCCCGCAGAAGUAGGAAGGAAGGAGCUGAGCGUAUGGAGUCUACUAGGGUUUGCUGCCCUGGUCCUGUUGUGCUCGGUCUUUGGUGGGGUGGGUGAUGGUAUGGUAUGGCCUUGGGCUGAUCUUGGUAAAAACGCGAAUACAGCUCUUAAGAAGACAACGGCCAGCCUGUCUGCCCUGAAACUGAAGGUCAAAACCCGGAUUUCAUCAUCAGCUGCUGGUAACAAGGCGCCACAACGACCCCCGUUGAGUCGGCUUACGAUACCGAAAAAAUCGCCCAUUGGCUCUAUUUCCUCCGUCUCUUCCAAGACCUCGCUCUCGACGCCGGUUUCACCACCCCGACCACGCGUUCCGCCUGGUUUGGGGCUGUACGAUAACUCUCCGCGGUCAGAGCUCCGGUCUGGCUGGGACGAGAUGCUUGAAAUGGAUGCCUACGAUUCCAAGACUCCAGAGCGCAAAUCUGGGCUGUUCAAAUUCGCCACAUUCCCGCGUGGAUCGUCCCCUUCUGACCUCGAGGCGCAAACAGGUGGCACUGUCAGUCGUAGCGCCAGCACAUCCAGCCAAAGUCCAAGCGAACACGACUCGCGCGCGACCACCCCUGCUGAGAUGUCCCCACAAGACUCUUUUGCGGAGUCGACGCGUGCAUAUCUGGCGUCACCUGUUGCACAUGCUUUGGGUCUAGCUUCGAGCACUAUCUCGAGCAGCUGGCCCGAUAAACAGAAGCCAUUAAAUCGACGCGACACAGCCAUUCUGGGGACUGGGAAAGACGGUCGACUGCUCUCUGUCAUGGCGACACCCAGUCCCAGUCCCGAUUUCCUCCAGCCACCCAAGCCAAUGUUAGCACCUCCUACUGUUAUUCCGCCAGCAGAAUCUGCUAUUAUUCCGCCUCGGACAACAUCUCUCCCCGCAAACAACGAUGGCCUGUUGACUGCGCCAGACCGCGUACCCCCGCGCCAGCCGAUCCCCACCGACACCUCCGAUGCAGCUUCCACGUGCUCGUCGAUUCUGGAUGUCCCAUGGCCGUGGCCGCUUCCUCCUCCGACAUCAACCCCUGCUAUCGUCGGCCCGCGUCCGGCCCGCUCUCCCCCUGCGUUCGGCUUCAGUCUUGCGGCCCAUACCCGUGAGCUUGCGCAGCCCCAGCAAGGAGCGCGGACGCGUCACGACACCCCUGAAGCCAAUUCUGAAGAGCCCCACCCGGUCCCGCUCGCGGUCAGACUCUGGCUCAUCACCCAACUGAUUCACGUUUUUUUCAUCCACCUUCACGUUUCCCUUCGAGCUGCCGCUGUGCUGGAUAUUAUUUCCCCCCCCCAUCUCCGCCCUUUACCUUCCUUCCAUUUAGUGAUGGGAUGCAUAUUCCUUGGCUUUUUCACGACUUGA